UUACCUCAAAUGGCUGAAAAAAUUAAGAUGUUUUUUGCCUUGGCCCCUUCCUAUACAUUGCAGUACACUGUCAGCAUCCCACUACAAAUCAUACGCUUGCCAGCAGCACUGGUGAAGGCUAUAUUUGGCACAAAGGAAUUUUGUCUGCUGAGUCCAAAACUGAGAGCCCUUCUGGCCCGAAAGUGCAGCUGCCGCCUGGUAGAUGAGCUCUGCAAACAAGCUCUUUUUCUUGCCAGUGGAUUCAAUGAAAAAAAUCUAAAUGCGAGUCGGACUGAUGUAUAUGUAUCACGAUUUCCAGAUUAUACCUCUGUGAAAAAUAUGAUCCACUGGGGCCAGACAGCUAAGGCAGGUCAAUUCAGAUAUUUUGACUAUGGCUCAAAGAACAUAGAUAUAUACAACCAGACGACUCCUCCCUUGUACAGAAUAGAAAAGAUCACCAUCCCAACAGCGAUGUGGAGUGGAGGACAGGACUGGGUUUCGCAGCCCAAGGAAAUUGCAGAAUUGCGGCCUCGAAUUACUCAUCUCAUUCAUGACACAGAGUUUCCUAAGUGGAACCACUGGGAUUUCAUUUGGGGCCUCAAUGCUUUUCAGCUGAUGUACCCAAAAAUACUUGACCUGAUGGAGAAGUAGCUGGGAAACUGUUUGGUUAUUGUUGCUCUAUUAAUAGUGAAAUC